CCGGGCACACCACUUUGUUGUUGCUCGAUUGUUGUUGCAGAUUGAUAAAUUCGAAUUUCGGAGCGCAGCGCAUUCAACUAAAGCGCGGCUCGUGGAUUUUUUGUAUUUUUUUUAAGUUCAAAUAGAUCGUUAAUAAUAGUGGCGGUCAAUUAAAUUAUAUAAUGUGCGAUCAAUAAAAGUUAUAUUAAAAGUGCUAAAAAAAAUUAAGAAGCGACGCCAGCGGGCGAAAAAGAGAGAUAACCGAAAACGAAAAACACGACAAAAGCAACGUUGAAAAAGAGUAAAAAAAAAUGAUCGAACCGUAAAUUUAAAUGUAUGCCAAUACAUAAUACAUAUAAUAAUAUGACCAAAACAAAUGUCAAGUGAGAAAGCGAUAGCGAAGAACGUUAAAAAGAAGUAAAUAAAUGAUCUUGGCCCGUUGUUGUUUUUGGGUACUUUCGCGUUGUUGUUAUUGUUGUAACUCGUUUUUAAUGCGCGCGUGUAUGAAUCACACCAACACAAACAAUAACAACAGCGAUGCGAUACGGUGAAAUAUGCUAAGUAAAUAGCGAAAGAGAGUUAAAGUUUCCAGCGAGAGAGAUAGAGCGCGAGAGGGAGCGCCAAUACAAAUACAAGUACAUACUGGAAAACGAUCCUUUUUCCAGGCACGCAGCCAUCCUGCUCGCACCCAUGCCGCCCUAGACCAACUUUUGUUGCAGCUGCCUAACAACCAACAAUAAAGUGCAAAGGAGCAAGGGAGACGGCUGAAAACCGAUGAUGAUGAUGCGGUCGCAACAACAACAACAAGCUGCUGCAGGCAGAUGAGCAUAAAAUACAACAAAAAAUAUAGAUAGCUGAAAACAAAAUUAGUAAUAGGAUAAAUUCCGAAAAAUACGAAAAAAUCAAACGAGAAAAGAGGUAUAAACGAUCGCCCAAUUGAAUCAAGUGAAUGUGUGUACAGUGCGAAAAGAAAGUGCAUUGCUUCGAUCCAAAAUAUAUAUAGAUAACAGUUAUUACUAAUACGAAAAUUACGAAAUGAAGGUCACCGUCUGCUUCGGCGACGUUCGCAUUCUGGUUCCCUGCGGUUCCGGAGAACUCCUCGUCAGCGAUCUCGUCAAGGAGGCCACGCGACGCUACAUCAAAGCAGCCGGCAAGCCCGAUUCUUGGGUGACAGUGACGCAUCUGCAGACACAGUCGGGCAUCCUCGAUCCGGAUGAUUGUGUACGCGACGUGGCCGACGACCGGGAGCAGAUAUUGGCGCACUUCGAUGACCCAGGACCGGAUCCGGGAGUUCCGCAGGGAGGCGGCGAUGGGGCGUCGGGCAGCUCGUCCGUGGGCACAGGUUCGCCGGACAUCUUCCGGGAUCCCACCAACACGGAGGCGCCCACCUGUCCGCGGGAUCUGUCCACGCCGCACAUCGAGGUCACCAGCACCACGUCGGGUCCGAUGGCUGGACUGGGAGUUGGACUGAUGGUGCGCCGCAGCAGUGAUCCCAAUCUGCUGGCCUCGCUCAAGGCGGAGGGCAGUAACAAGCGCUGGUCGGCAGCAGCCCCCCAUUACGCUGGCGGGGAUUCUCCCGAACGUUUGCUGCUGGACAAGGCCGGUGGUCAGCUAUCGCCGCAGUGGGAGGAGGACGACGAUCCCAGCCAACAGCUGAAGGAGCAGCUGCUCCAUCAACAGCAGCCACAUGCGACCAAUGGCGGUGGCGGCUCCUCCGGUAACCACCAGCCAUUCGCGCGAUCCGGUCGCCUGUCCAUGCAGUUUCUGGGCGAUGGCCAUGGCUACAAGUGGAUGGAGGCGGCCGAGAAGUUGCAGAAUCAGCAGCUAGCCCAGCAGACCUACCAGCAGGGUCACCAUUCGGGACACGGCCAGAGUGGCGCCUACUCCAGCAAGUCGCUGCCCAGGGAGAGCAAGCGGAAGGAGCCAUUGGGUCAGGCGUACGAGUCCAUCCGCGAGAAGGAUGGCGAAAUGCUGCUGAUCAUCAACGAGUACGGCAGUCCGCUGGGACUCACUGCUCUGCCGGACAAGGAGCAUGGCGGAGGAUUGCUGGUGCAACAUGUGGAGCCGGGCAGCCGAGCCGAAAGAGGUCGACUACGCCGCGAUGAUCGCAUCCUGGAGAUCAACGGCAUUAAGCUGAUCGGACUUACCGAAUCGCAGGUCCAGGAGCAACUAAGGCGGGCUUUGGAGAGCUCGGAACUGAGGGUGCGAGUGCUGCGCGGAGAUCGCAAUCGCCGCCAGCAGCGAGAUUCCAAGGUGGCCGAGAUGGUGGAAGUGGCCACCGUGUCGCCCACCCGCAAGCCACAUGCUGCUCCAGUCGGCACCUCACUGCAGGUGGCCAAUACCCGCAAGCUGGGCAGGAAGAUUGAAAUUCUGCUGAAGAAGGGACCCAAUGGUCUGGGUUUCUCGGUUACAACACGGGAUAAUCCCGCUGGCGGACAUUGUCCCAUCUACAUCAAGAACAUCCUGCCACGUGGAGCUGCCAUCGAGGAUGGUCGCCUGAAGCCUGGCGAUCGUUUGCUGGAGGUGGAUGGCACCCCAAUGACGGGCAAAACACAAACGGAUGUGGUGGCCAUUUUGCGGGGCAUGCCAGCGGGAGCAACGGUUAGGAUAGUGGUCUCCCGCCAGCAGGAGUUGGCGGAGCAGGCUGACCAACCGGCAGAGAAGAGCGCUGGAGUGGCGGUGGCUCCACCAGCUGCACAGGCGCCACCUGCAGCCGUUCCUCCAGGACCACCGCCGCCGGUGCCAGUCCAGAAAUCCAGCAGCGCACGAUCUCUGUUCACACAUCAGCAGCAGUCGCAGCUCAAUGAAUCUCAGCACUUUAUCGAUGCAGGCAGCGAGUCAGCGGCUUCAAAUGACAGCCUACCGCCGAGCAGUAACAGCUGGCACUCCCGCGAGGAGCUAACCCUACACAUUCCCGUUCACGACACCGAAAAGGCCGGACUGGGAGUCAGUGUGAAGGGCAAGACGUGCUCGAAUCUGAACGCUUCCGGAUCGAGUGCCUCCAGCGGCAGCAAUGGACUGAUGAAGCACGACGGCGACUUGGGUAUAUUCGUGAAGAACGUGAUCCACGGAGGUGCGGCUUCGCGCGAUGGACGCCUGCGGAUGAACGAUCAGCUGUUGAGCGUGAAUGGAGUAUCGUUGCGUGGCCAAAACAAUGCCGAGGCCAUGGAGACACUGCGUCGGGCAAUGGUCAAUACCCCUGGGAAACAUCCAGGCACCAUAACCUUGCUGGUGGGCCGUAAGAUUCUGCGAUCGGCCAGCUCCAGCGACAUCCUGGACCACAGCAGUCACAGCCAUAGCAAUAGCAGCGGCGGCAGCGGCAGUAAUUCGAAUGGAAGCGGCAAUAACAAUAACAGCAGCUCCAAUGCCAGCGAUAAUUCGGGAGCCACCGUCAUCUAUUUGAGUCCAGAGAAGCGGGAGCAGCGCUGCAAUGGUGGUGGAAGUGGGGGCAGUGCCGGCAAUGAGAUGAACAGAUGGAGCAAUCCCGUUUUAGAUCGCCUAACCGGUGGCAUUUGCUCCUCGAACUCAGCGCAGCCGUCCUCACAGCAGCAGCCGCCACAUGCCUCGCAGCAGCAGCAACAGCAACAACAGCAGCAGCAACGUCGUCUGCCACCAGCACCCAUUUGCAGCAGUGCAGCUUUGAGGAACGAGAGCUACUACAUGGCCACCAAUGACAACUGGUCGCCGGCGCAGCUGCAUUUGCUCACUGGUCAUGGCAAUACGGCCCUGCUAAUCGAGGACGAUGCCGAGCCCAUGUCACCAACUUUGCCGGCGCGUCCGCACGAUGGGCAACACUGCAACGCGAGCAGUGCCAAUCCAUCUCAAAAUUUGGGCGCCGGGAACCAGGGGCCAGCCAUUAAUCCCGUUGUGCCGGGCACACCGUCGACGUCCAGCAACUUUGAUGCCACUUAUUCGUCGCAACUGAGUUUGGAAACCAACUCGGGUGUGGAGCAUUUCUCACGCGAUGCCUUGGGACGUCGCAGCAUCUCGGAGAAACACCAUGCGGCGCUGGAUGCCCGUGAAACUGGAACCUAUCAGCGGAAUAAGAAAUUGCGCGAGGAGCGGGAGCGCGAGCGACGCAUUCAGCUGACCAAGUCGGCUGUGUACGGCGGCUCGAUUGAAUCGCUUACGGCUCGCAUAGCCAGUGCAAAUGCCCAGUUUUCGGGCUAUAAACAUGCCAAGACUGCCUCUAGCAUCGAGCAGAGGGAGACGCAGCAGCAACUGGCGGCAGCCGAGGCGGAGGCCAGGGAUCAGCUGGGCGAUCUGGGUCCAUCGUUGGGCAUGAAGAAAUCCUCGUCGCUGGAGUCGCUGCAGACGAUGGUGCAGGAGCUGCAGAUGUCGGAUGAGCCGCGUGGCCAUCAGGCGUUGCGAGCUCCGCGUGGACGUGGCAGGGAGGAUAGUCUGCGGGCGGCGGUGGUCAGCGAACCAGAUGCCAACAAGCCCCGUAAGACCUGGUUGUUGGAGGACGGCGAUCACGAGGGCGGUUUUGCCUCGCAGCGCAAUGGACCCUUCCAGAGUUCCCUGAACGACGGCAAACAUGGCAGCAAGUCGUCGCGGGCCAAGAAGCCGAGCAUUCUGCGUGGCAUUGGGCACAUGUUUCGCUUUGGCAAGAAUCGCAAGGAUGGCGUAGUGCCGGUCGACAACUAUGCGGUGACCAUUUCGCCACCCAGUUCGGUGGUUUCCACAGCCACAUCGCCGCAUGUGCAGCAGCAGCAACAGCAACAGUUGCAACAGCAGCAGCAGUUGCAGCAACACCAACAGAUACCCACCGCUGCACUGGCUGCCCUGGAGAGGAAUGGCAAGCCGCCGGCGUAUCAGCCACCGCCACCGCUUCCAGCUCCCAAUGGUGUGGGCAAUGGCGCCCAGCUGAAUGGCGGCAUCCAUCAGAACGACAUCUUUAACCAUCGCUAUCAGCAUUAUGCCAACUACGAGGAUCUGCACCAGCAGCAUCAGCAGCACCAGAUUAGUAGAGGCGAUUCCCCCACAUCCAUUUCGGAAACGCUUUCGGAGUCAACGCUCGAGUGCAUGCGACAGCAGGUCAUCCGGCAGCGCAUCAAGGUGGAGGCGGAAAGUCGCCGCCAUCAGCAUUACCAUUCGCAGCGCAGUGCCCGCUCGCAGGAUGUGAGCAUGCACUCGACGAGCUCCGGAUCGCAGCCAGGAUCCUCGGCCCAGCCACAAUCGCAGUCGAACGGAGGAGGAGUGCGUCCCAUCAGCAGCUACUACGAGUACGAGACGGUGCAGCAGCAGAGGGUGGGCAGCAUCAAGCACAGUCACAGCAGCAGUGCCACCUCUUCCUCCUCGUCGCCCAUCAAUGUGCCGCAUUGGAAGGCGGCGGCCAUGAAUGGCUAUUCCCCAGCCAGCCUGAACAGCAGUGCCCGCAGUCGUGGUCCCUUCGUGACCCAGGUGACCAUAAGGGAGCAGGGUAUACCAGCCCACCUGCUCCUCCAGCAGCAGCAGCCACAUCAGCAGCAGCAACUCCAGCAGCAGCAGCAGCCCACCUACCAGACCGUCCAGAAGAUGACCGGUCAAUCGCAAUACGGCACUGCCGCCGGCUCCCAGCCGCACGCCUCCAAGGUGUGACUAUAGGUGUUGGCGCAAGCGCGCGCCACUCGCGAUGUGCUAGCCGAGAACCGGGUCAUUCUCAGCGAGGUCAACGAGGAGGUGGAGGUCUUCUACUUUGCCACCGAGUGCUGAACACAUUGCAUAUUGGGGGUUUUGUAUUGUUUAAUUGAAAUGGAAUUUCCACAAAACACACACACACACAUUAGGGGUGGGUUGAUGCUAAUUGUAAUCUUUAAAGUAAAACAUUUAUAUUCAACAAAAAUUGUAAGCCAUAAAUGGCAAUUCCAUGAAGGCAAAAGGAAAGAUAUACUUUAUGUUUUAAGGUUUAAAAAGAAUUUGUAAUUCCACCAAAACAUAGGAAAAGUUUAAUACUUAAUUUAUUUAAUAUCCUGAAUAAUUAAUAUAUUUAUCCGUGAUAUUUGAUUAAGCAAACAAAACCUAGACGUUUUCUUGCUAAACGGAAAGAACCAGGAUAAUAUUUACAUUACUAUUCCAUUAUAAUUUCAAAGGUCCGCUAGAAAAGGAUAAACUUGAUUUUAUGUUUGUAAAUUGCCAAGAAUAAUAUUUAGAUUCAUCAGAUUUUCAACCAAUUGACCCACCCUGACAAACAUAUAGAUUAAGUUCACAAUAUAUAUAGAGAUAUUCAUAAUUGGCGAACCAGAAACCAAGAGAGUAACGAGUAAGGAAAGUAUUCCCCCGUAAAGCGCUACCCAUUUGUUAAGUGCUUAGAACUAAUUGUUUAAACAAAAACGAUUUUCGAUUGAAUUAAGCUUUAUCUCUAAGUCCAAGUCAAACGCCUUUGUACAUAAUUAGUUUACGCAGAAGCCAACAAGAAAGAAAACAACAUCAAAUUCCAAAACUACGAAAGGUCUUAAGAAUUUCCAUUGUCAUUUAUUCUACUUUUUUUUUUAUAAACCAUAUAUAUUUUUUUGAUUUGUAAAUAGAACCUGUUUGUUUGUUUUGUUAAGCUUUAAAGCGGACGCCAUUUUGUGUGUGCAAACGUGAUGAUUUGCAAGAAGCGAAAAGUAAAACUUAUAGCCACCACCAUAUAAUAUAGCUACAUAUAUAUAUAUAUGAGUAAGUGAAGCAAUUUUUUUUGUUCUAACGAAUAUUAAACUUAAACAAGGAGUAUUGUGCAGCCGACCUCGGCUUAGGUCCCUAAAAAAGACAAGCAGCUUAACUUCUUAAAACGAACCACUACGAUUAAGUCGAAUUAGUUUGUAGGCUUACAUGUAUAGCGAAUAUAUACGAUACUUUAAUUUUGUGUACACCCUAAGUAAUUUGUGCGAUACCGAAAUACGGAGUUGCGAAUUAAAAGUUACAAAAAUUUCUAAAAACACCAGUC